ACAAAACAUUUACAAAACAUUGAGAUCUUUUUUCGUAGUGAUCGGGACUUAAGGACCCAUGCUGUUAAUGUUUCAGAAAUGGCAGGUAUACUACCAGUAACAGAUUCCAGAAGUUCUAGUCAUAGUAAGAGUUCUUCCACUUUAGAAACGUCAAGAGAUCAACACAACCUUCCAUUUUUGAAGGAGGAUUCUUACACGGAUACAAUACUUGUGAUAGAAGGACGAAAACUUUAUACACAUAGAUCGUUACUAGGAUAUGCCUCUCCAUACUUCACUAAAUUGUUAAAUUCUGCCCACAGCGCAGCACUAUCGGAAAAAAAAGCAAAAGCAGAGCUUAAAAUUGCCGAUAAGAAUUAUGCUGAUUUUGUGGACAUGUUCGCAUUCUUUCAUCCGGGGGUAUGUCGUGAAUUGAAUGACAAAAUGGCGCUUCGAUUGCUUCCAUUAGCGGAUGAAUUUCAAAUGGCAGCUCUAAAGGAUCGUUGUGAACGGUUACUUGUAAAUGUUUUGAAGAAAACACCGAUGGUCAACAGAGCAUCAAAAGGACCACCAACACACAAGAACAGAAGAGAUAAUACACCAGAAAUAUUACUGAAGUGCAUCAAAGCAGCGGAUCAAGGAAACUCUAAAGUCCUACUGGAUCAAUGUAUUAGAAUGUUUUCAAGCCCAGAGAUUGCAUUAAAGGAUUUGAAAGCUAGCAGUGAAAUAUCUGAUACUACUAAAUCAAAAAUAUUCGAAACUAGAAUGGAUGCUGCGUCUAACAAACUGAGCAGGAUGGCGAAUGAGCUGGACAGGGAAAAACACGAGAAAGAAAUGCUGAAAAAGCAACUUGUGGAUAGGUUUGUACCGAAGAAUCGGUCCCCCAGAUAUAAUGGAUCAGAACCUACGGUCGAGCAACCUCGUCCCUUUCCAGUGAAAUUACCUGCUCACAAGCACCAUCAUUACAUAGCUCACCAACGGCAAAUUAAAUAUGCUGAAAAUAUUCUUGGACCGGUACACGAAUUUUCAAGAAAUGAAUUCAAAGAUGUCAGACUGAGCCAUAGAGGAAUGAUCAAAUCAGAUAAAGGUGACUUGUAAGAGACGUUGAUUUAGAUUCAUAUAGUGUCAAAUGUCCAAAACCUGCUGGGUAUACAGCAUAAAACAAAUAGUUCUAGGACUUACUAAUGUGUUGAUUAACUAGAAAACUGUAUACAAAGAAACACUGCAUUCUUAAUAAAAUUGCAUAUCCUUAUUUACAUUUGUUUUCGUUUUAAUAACAAUAAAAUGCUAGCAGUGAUGUAAAAUACAUAACCUGGGAUAAAACCAUGUAACUGAUGUAUUAGUUUGUAUUGUAGACAAUAAUUGUACUCGCAUUUGUAAGUUCUUAUAUGCUCUUUUGUAAGUUAUUAUAUGAUCUUUUGUAAGUUCUUAUAUGCUCUUUUGUAACUUCUUAUAUGCUCUUUUGUAAGUUCUUAAAUGCUCUUUUGUAAGUUCUUAUAUGCUCUUUUGUAACUUCUUAUAUGCUCUUUUGUAAGUUCUUAUAUGCUCUUUUGUAAGUUCUUAUAUGCUCUUUUGUAAGUUCUAUUAUGAUCUUUUGUAAGUUAUUAUAUGAUCUUUUGUAAGUUCUAUUAUGAUCUUUUGUGAGUUAUUAUAUGAUCUUUUGUAAGUUCUUAUAUGAUCUUUUGUAAGUUUUAAUAUGCUCUUUUGUAAGUUCUUAUAUGCUCUUUUGUAAGUUCUAUUAUGCUCUUUUGUAAGUUCUUAUAUGCUCUUUUGUAAGUUCUUGUAUGCUUUUGUGUAAGUUCUGUUAUACUCUUUUGUAAGUUCUUAUAUGCUCUUUUGUAAGUUCUAUUAUGCUCUUUUGUAAGUUCUUAUAUGUUCUUUUGUAAGUUCUUGUAUGCUUUUGUGUAAGUUCUGUUAUACUCUUUUGUAAGUUCUAAUAUGCACUUUUGUAAGUUCUAAUAUGAUCUUUUGUAAGUUAUCAUAUGAUAUUUUAUAAGUUCUUAUAUGAUCUUUUGUAAGUUUUAAUAUGCUUUUUUGUAAGUUCUCAUAUGCUCUUUUGUAAGUUCUAUUUUGAUCUUUUGUAAGUUAUCAUAUGAUCUUUUGUAAGUUCUUUUAUGCUCUUUUGUAAGUUCUAUUAUGAUCUUUUGUAAGUUCCUAUAUGAUCUUUUGUAAGUUUUAAUAUGCUCUUUUGUAAGUUCUCAUAUUCUCCUAUGUAAAGGAUGCGUCUGUCCGCCAUUAUGUCAUACAUUGUUGUAAGGUAAAUUUCUUUUUCGUUUUUAAUAAUAGUUUAAGGGUUUAGUUCCUUCAUAAACACCGCCUGAAGAUUUAAAAAAUAAGUUUGUGAAGUUAACUUCUUUUUAUUUUUUUUUUCAAUGUUUUGUUUUCUUUUUGAAUGAUUGUACAUUAACUGCAGAUAUAUAUAUAGUUAAGAAUUUUUGCAUAUAUAUGUUAGUGCAACAAGUAUUUCUCUGAACGCCUGUGUAUUGAACAUGAAAAUGAAUCUCGACUAAUCAGAUUGUUCAUCAUUUAAUGUUAAUAUAUUAAGGUAAAAAACCAAAUUUACAGAAUUUUCACAUUCCUAUCCAUUUUGUCACAAUAUCAAAUUUUCAAAUCUAAACGUGCAGUGGCAAAUAUUUCAUUUUCGGGACAAUUCAAGUAAUAAUUUAGGUAUGAUAGAUAACAAAACUAUAUAUACAGUUAUAUUCCUUACAAUUGACAAAUAAAGGAAAUAUCCUAAUAAAGCAAAUAUCGAAACACGAAAAUACUGCCGUAACGUGUUAUCUUUUGAUUAAAGACUGUGCUAUUUCAUUUAAGGUGGACCAUCAAUAUUUAUUUCAUAUCGGUUAAGAAUUAGCUUUUCUUAUUGGAUAACAAGGGGCCACAUGACAUUCUUUAUUCUUCAGUAGAAAAUUCCAUCGGUUUUUAACGGCAUGGUUUCUCUGUUUAGAGUGAUGUCCCUUUAAUAAAACGCAAUCGAAGUUGUUGAAUUGUUUACCAUGUGUUUUCGUUAAUCAUAAAAUUAUAGAAAACUUUAUUUUGUAUUCAUAUACUGAAAAAUUGCACUUAAAUGAAUGACUGGUCUUCACUCUUUCCUAUAGAAAUCGUACAAUAACUCGAGUUGGUUUGAACAAUUUGAAUUAAUGAGAAUUUUUAAAAACAUGGUUCCUAAAUGAAAUAAACAUAAUAGUUAUUGAAGAACUGGUCAUUAUCAUGAUACAUGGACUGCCCGUAGGACAGUGGUAUUGACUCAGUCAUUAUCGCUGUCUUAGACAAUACCACUGUCCUGUGGGCAGUCCAUAUAUCACAAUAAUGACUAGUUUUUCAAUAACUAUUAUGUAAAUAUUUUCGCAUAUAUAAUUUUCUUAUACUUUGCCAAAAUGUAGAUUUUUCCAUGCUUUUAAAAAUAAUAUAAUAAAAAGUAUGGGUCACCGUGCUAUUUUUCAAGUCGUGCAAAAUUGCCCAAUUUUUGCAUUGAUUAUUUAUGAAAAGACAUUUUUUGUGAAUUAAAAAAAAAUUUAUGAGAUUAAAUUUUGAAAUAAAGUAUGAGAAGAUAGGUUUUAUAAUAUACUAUGCUAGAAGAAAAUAUGAAUAUAAAAUUGUGUAACCGAACUUUCUUGCUACAAGUAAAAAAUGAAAUUUUCAUUAAUAUUUCCUUUUACAAAUUUUACUAUAAGAGUUAUCAGCAGUCUGAAUGUUAGUUAUUUUUUUUAUAUAUUUUAAAUCAUUCUGAAAUCACAAAUGCAAUUAAAUGAUUCGUUUACAUCCUCUUUAGAGUCACAUAUUAUAUAUGUGUCUGUGUCAUUAAAAAUAUUUUUAAUCCAUGAACUCAUGCAUUUCUAGGAUUAUAUAUAUAUUUCAUCUAAAGAUUGAGAAUUAGGGAUCUAGAUUUGAGAAAAGAAUUAAAUAGAUAUUACAUUA